ACGACUUCUCUACUAUAAACCCCAGUCAGUCCGAAACACAGUCUCUCCCUCUAUCCUCUCUCUCCUCUCUCCACUCUCUCUCUCUCUCUCUCUCUCGAGCUCAAUUUGGCCGUCAAUGGCGGCCACCGAGGCUCAAUCCUCCCUCCGGCACGCAUUUGGUAAUGUUCUCGCGUUCUUCAUCCUGAUCCUGAUCGGUGUUCUCGCCUUCUCGAUCCGUCUCUUCUCCGUUAUAAAGUACGAGAGCGUUAUUCAUGAAUUCGAUCCUUAUUUCAACUACAGAGUCACUCAGUUUUUGACCAAGAAUGGGAUAUAUGAUUUCUGGAACUGGUUUGAUGACCGAACUUGGUAUCCCCUUGGUCGUGUGAUCGGUGGGACCGUCUAUCCUGGUUUGACCUUGACAGCAGGCACCUUGUGGUGGAUAUUGAAUUCCUUGAACAUACCUCUGUCGGUUGAAACUGUUUGUGUAUUUACUGCUCCUAUAUUCUCAGCCUUUGCUUCAUGGGCAACUUAUCUACUGACAAAGGAGGUUAAAGGUGCUGGGGCUGGCUUGACAGCAGCAGUUCUUUUGGCUAUGGUCCCGUCAUACAUAUCUCGAUCAGUGGCUGGAAGCUAUGAUAAUGAAGCUGUUGCCAUAUUUGCUUUGAUCUUCACUUUCUAUCUCUAUAUUAAGACAUUGAAUACAGGGUCCCUCUUUUAUGCCACAUUGAAUUCAAUAGCAUACUUCUACAUGGUUUGCUCAUGGGGAGGGUACACUUUUAUCAUUAACCUUAUUCCAAUACAUGUGCUAUUGUGCAUAGUAACUGGCCGCUAUUCUUCUCGACUUUAUAUUGCGUAUGCACCUCUUGUUGUAUUGGGCACACUAUUGGCCGCAUUGGUGCCUGUUGUUGGAUUUAACGCUGUAAUGACGUCAGAGCACUUUGCAUCAUUUCUGGUUUUCAUUCUCAUCCAUGUGGUGGCUCUUGUAUACUAUAUUAAAGGAAUACUGUCACCAAAAAUGUUCAAAGUAGCUGUGACACUAGUUGUUUCUAGCGGCCUGGCAGUAGGUUUGGCAAUGAUAGCAGUACUUGUUGCAAUGGUAGCUUCGAGCCCAACAAUGGGAUGGAGUGGAAGAAGUUUAAGUCUAUUAGAUCCUACUUAUGCAAGCAAAUACAUACCAAUCAUUGCUAGCGUUAGUGAGCAUCAGCCGCCUACUUGGCCUUCUUACUUUAUGGACAUUAAUGUCUUGGCAUUCUUAGUUCCAGCUGGCAUUAUUGCAUGCUUUUCACCUCUAUCUGAUGCAAGCUCUUUUGUGAUACUUUAUAUUGUUACAUCGGUAUAUUUUUCAGGUGUCAUGGUUCGCCUGAUGCUUGUACUUGCUCCAGCGGCUUGCAUCUUAUCUGGGAUUGCUCUUUCUCAAGCAUUUGAUGUUUUCACUAGAUCAAUUAAGCUUCAGCUACCCAGUCUAUCAGUUGAUUCCCAUGUUGAUGCUGGAAAUGCCAGUUCCGAAAGUGUUGUGCCAAAUGAUACGGUGAAGACUGAUAAAAUCGAGGACACACCUAAGGAGCGGACCUCAAAGAAGAGCAAGAAGAAGGAAAAGGAACCUGUGGAAAAGCCUCCUAGCAAGUCACAAAUUAAGAAAAAGCUUUUGGUUUUACCUUUGGAAACAUCCAUCAUUGCUAUUAUCUUACUUGUGUUGCUGGGUGCCUUCUAUGUGGUUCACAGUGUAUGGGCAGCAGCAGAAGCUUAUUCAGCCCCUUCUAUCGUUCUAACAUCACAUUCAAAUGAUGGACUACAUGUUUUUGAUGAUUUUAGAGAGGCUUAUGCUUGGUUGAGUCAUAACACAGAAGUAGAUGACAAAGUGGCAUCUUGGUGGGAUUACGGAUAUCAAACAACUGCAAUGGCUAACCGAACUGUCAUCGUUGACAAUAAUACCUGGAAUAACACACAUAUUGCUACUGUUGGUACUGCCAUGUCUUCUCCAGAAAAGGCAGCCUGGGAAAUUUUCAACUCUUUGGAUGUCAAAUAUGUUCUUGUAGUCUUUGGAGGAUUGGUUGGAUAUCCCAGUGACGAUAUUAAUAAAUUCCUGUGGAUGGUUCGUAUUGGAGGGGGUGUAUUUCCUCACAUAAAGGAACCUGAUUACUUAAGGGAUGGUCAAUAUCGAAUUGAUUCUAUGGCCACACCAACAAUGCUUAACUGCCUCAUGUAUAAACUUUCAUAUUACAGAUUUGUGGAGACAGAUGGUAAAGCUUUUGAUAGAGUGAGGCGGACGGAGAUUGGGAAGAAAUAUUUCAAACUUACGCAUUUUGAAGAGGUGUUCACAACUCACCAUUGGAUGGUGCGGAUAUACAAAUUGAAACCUCCAAAGAACAGGAUCCGUGGAAAGAUUAAAAAAUCAAAAGCUAAAGCAAGCUCAAAACCUGCCUCGAAAAGGAAAGAACUAAAAAGGAACCCUUUUUAGUUUAGUUUUCUGUUUCUUUAUCAGUAGGUAAGCAUAUUUAUUAGUUCGCACUUCAUGUACACAUGUAUACAACUAAUAGAAAGGCCAUGGAAAGAUUUUGCCGGCAUUGUUAGUUACUCUGAGUUUUGAAUGAUCAAACAAUUUUUGGUAUUACAUGUUUUUUGACUGAAUGGUGGAGAUCUCAUUUUUAGGAUUAAGAAAUCCCAGACCAAAAUUAUUUCUUUGAUA